CGCGUGAGGGGCCGCCUCCGGCCGAGCGGGCGCCGCCAACAUGUCGGAUACCAAGGUAAAAGUUGCUGUCCGGGUCCGGCCCAUGAACCGACGAGAACUGGAACUGAACACCAAGUGCGUGGUGGAGAUGGAAGGGAAUCAAACGGUUCUGCACCCUCCUCCUUCCAAUACCAAACAGGGAGAAAGGAAACCUCCCAAGGUAUUUGCCUUUGAUUAUUGCUUUUGGUCCAUGGAUGAAUCUAACACUACAAAAUAUGCUGGUCAAGAGGUGGUUUUCAAGUGCCUUGGGGAAGGAAUUCUUGAAAAAGCCUUUCAGGGGUAUAAUGCUUGUAUUUUUGCAUAUGGACAGACAGGCUCAGGAAAAUCCUUCUCCAUGAUGGGCAAUGCUGAGCAGCUGGGCCUUAUCCCAAGGCUCUGUUGUGCUUUAUUUAAAAGGAUCUCUCUGGAGCAAAAUGAGUCACAGACCUUUAAAGUCGAAGUAUCCUAUAUGGAAAUUUAUAAUGAGAAAGUUCGGGAUCUUUUAGACCCCAAAGGGAGUAGACAGUCUCUUAAAGUUCGAGAGCAUAAAGUUUUGGGACCGUAUGUAGAUGGUUUAUCCCAACUGGCUGUCACUAGUUUUGAGGAUAUUGAGUCAUUGAUGUCUGAGGGAAAUAAGUCUCGGACGGUAGCUGCCACCAACAUGAAUGAAGAGAGUAGCCGCUCCCAUGCCGUGUUCAACAUCAUAAUCACACAGACACUUUAUGACUUGCAGUCUGGGAACUCUGGAGAGAAAGUCAGUAAGGUCAGCUUGGUAGACCUGGCUGGUAGCGAAAGAGUGUCCAAAACUGGAGCCGCAGGAGAGCGACUGAAAGAAGGCAGCAACAUUAACAAAUCACUGACAACCUUGGGGUUGGUUAUCUCAUCUCUGGCUGACCAGGCAGCUGGCAAGGGUAAAAACAAAUUUGUGCCUUAUCGAGAUUCAGUCCUCACUUGGCUUCUUAAGGACAAUUUGGGAGGCAACAGCCAGACCUCUAUGAUAGCCACCAUUAGCCCAGCAGCAGAUAACUAUGAAGAGACCCUCUCCACCUUACGAUAUGCAGAUCGAGCCAAAAGGAUCGUGAACCAUGCUAUUGUGAAUGAGGAUCCCAAUGCCAAAGUCAUCCGGGAACUGCGGGAGGAAGUCGAGAAACUGAGAGAGCAGCUCUCGCAGGCCGAGGCUAUGAAGGCUCCCGAACUGAAAGAGAAGCUUGAAGAGUCUGAAAAGCUGAUAAAAGAAUUAACAGUGACUUGGGAAGAGAAGCUGAGGAAAACAGAAGAAAUCGCUCAGGAGAGACAACGACAACUUGAAAGUAUGGGGAUUUCCCUGGAGACAUCCGGUAUCAAGGUGGGGGAUGACCAGUGCUACUUAGUCAACCUGAAUGCAGACCCUGCUCUCAAUGAACUUCUGGUUUACUAUUUAAAGGAGCAUACGAGGGUGGGGGCAGAUACCUCUCAGGACAUCCAGCUCUUUGGUAUAGGAAUUCAGCCUGAGCACUGUGAGAUUGACAUUGCAUCCGAUGGCGAUGUCACUCUUACUCCAAAAGAAAAUGCAAGGUCCUGUGUAAAUGGUACCCUUGUGUGCAAUACCACCCAGCUGUGGCACGGCGAUAGAAUCCUAUGGGGAAAUAACCACUUUUUUAGAAUUAAUUUACCUAAGAGGAAACGGCGAGAUUGGUUGAAAGACCUCGAGAAAGAAACAGGCCCUCCAGAGCAUGACCUGGACGCAGCCAGUGAAGCUUCUUCGGAACCAGACUAUAACUAUGAAUUUGCACAGAUGGAGGUUAUCAUGAAAACACUGAAUAGUAAUGGUGGCUUCCCGAUAAUAAGCCUGUCUGCCUGGUGGUCGUCCCCUUGGUGGUCCUACUUGAAGAUUCUCUUUCCUCUCCUGUGGUUUCAGACGAAGCUGCUCCACAAACACUGGGAUAAAGACCCAGUUCAAAAUGUGGUUCAGGUCCUGGAGAAGCAGUACCUGGAGGAAAAGCGAAGUGCACUGGAGGAGCAGCGGCUCAUGUACGAACGGGAGCUGGAGCAGCUCCGCCAGCAGCUGUCCCCUGAGAGGCAGCCCCCGAGCAGCGGCUCCGACCGCCUGGCCUACAGCAGCCAGACAGCCCAGCAGAAGGUGACCCAGUGGGCAGAGGAGAGGGAUGAACUCUUCCGUCAGAGCCUGGCAAAACUGCGCGAGCAGCUGGUUAAAGCGAAUACCUUGGUGAGGGAGGCAAACUUCUUAGCUGAGGAAAUGAGCAAACUCACUGACUACCAGGUGACCCUGCAGAUCCCUGCUGCAAACCUCAGUGCUAACAGAAAGAGAGGAGCAAUAGUGAGUGAACCAGCUAUUCAAGUGAGGAGGAGAGGAAAGGGCACCCAAGUGUGGACCAUUGAGAAGCUGGAGAAUAAAUUAAUUGAUAUGAGAGACCUUUAUCAAGAAUGGAAAGAAAAAGUUCCCGAGGCAAAGAGACUCUGUGGGAAACGAGGUGACCCCUUCUAUGAAGCCCAAGAGAAUCACAAUCUCAUCGGUGUGGCUAAUGUGUUCUUGGAGUGUCUCUUCUGUGAUGUGAAACUUCAGUAUGCAGUUCCCAUCAUCAGCCAGCAGGGGGAGGUUGCAGGGCGUCUCCACGUGGAAGUGAUGCGCGUCACAGGGGCCGUGCCGGAGCGCGUGGUGGAAGACGACUCCUCCGAGAACUCCAGUGAAAGCGGGAGUCUGGAAGUCGUAGACAGCGGUGGGGAAAUCAUUCACCGAGUCAAAAAACUGACAUGCCGGGUAAAAAUUAAAGAGGCAACUGGGCUGCCCUUAAACCUCUCAAAUUUCGUCUUCUGUCAAUACACAUUCUGGGACCAGUGUGAGUCUACAGUGGCUGCCCCGGUGGUGGACCCAGAGGUGCCUUCCCCACAGAGCAAGGAUGCCCAGUAUAGCGUGACCUUCUCUCAUUGUAAGGACUAUGUGGUGAACGUAACAGAGGAGUUCCUGGAGUUCAUUUCAGAUGGAGCACUGGCGAUUGAAGUGUGGGGCCACCGGUGUGCUGGAAACGGUAGCUCCAUCUGGGAAGUUGAUUCUCUCCAUGCUAAGACAAGGACGCUACAUGACAGGUGGAAUGAAGUGACCCGCAGGAUAGAAAUGUGGAUCUCCAUACUGGAACUGAACGAGUUGGGGGAGUAUGCCGCCGUGGAGCUCCACCAGGCCAAAGACGUCAACACCGGAGGCAUCUUUCAGCUCAGACAGGGUCAUUCCCGGAGAGUGCAAGUCACAGUGAAACCUGUGCAGCAUUCGGGGACACUGCCACUCAUGGUCGAAGCCGUCCUGUCAGUAUCCAUUGGCUGCGUGACUGCCAGGUCCACCAAGCUCCAGAGAGGGCUGGACAGUUACCAGAGAGAUGAUGAGGAUGGUGAUGAUAUGGAUAGUUAUCAGGAAGAAGACUUAAACUGUGUAAGAGAGAGGUGGUCUGACGCACUCAUUAAACGACGAGAAUACUUAGAUGAACAGAUUAAAAAAAUCAGCAAUAAAAAAGAGAAAACUGAGGAUGACGUGGAGCGGGAAGCCCGGCUCGUGGAGCAGUGGGUGGGGCUGACGGAGGAGAGGAAUGCAGUUCUGGUGCCAGCGCCAGGCAGUGGGAUCCCCGGGGCGCCUGCCGACUGGAUCCCUCCCUCUGGAAUGGAAACGCACAUACCAGUUCUCUUCCUCGAUUUGAACGCGGAUGACCUCAGUGCCAAUGAACAGCUUGUGGGCCCCCAUGCAUCGGGCGUGAACUCCAUCCUGCCCAAGGAGCAUGGCAGCCAGUUUUUCUACCUGCCCAUCAUAAAGCACAGUGAUGAGGAGGUUUCAGCCAUAGCCUCUUGGGACUCCUCGGUGCAUGAUUCUGUUCACUUGAACAGGGUCACUCCCCAGAAUGAAAGGAUUUACCUGAUAGUGAAGACCACAGUCCAGCUCAGCCACCCGGCUGCGAUGGAGCUAGUGUUACGAAAACGAAUUGCAGCCAAUAUUUACAACAAACAGAGUUUCACCCAGAGUUUGAAGAGGAGAAUGUCACUGAAAAAUAUAUUUUAUUCCUGUGGUGUAACCUAUGAAAUAGUAUCCAAUAUACCAAAGGCAACAGAGGAGAUUGAGGACCGGGAGACGCUGGCUCUCAUGGCAGCGAGGAGUGAAAACGAAGGCACGUCAGAUGGUGAAACAUACAUUGAGAAGUACACACGUGGCGUGCUGCAGGUGGAGAACAUUCUGAGCCUUGAGCGGCUCCGGCAGGCAGUCACGGUCAAAGAAGCACUUUCCACGAAAGCUCGGCACCUGCGGAGGAGCCUCAGCACACCGAACGUGCAUAAUGUCUCCUCCAGUCGACCAGACCUUUCUGGCUUUGAUGAAGAUGAUAAGGGUUGGCCAGAGAACCAGUUAGACAUGUCUGACUACAGCUCCAGUUACCAAGAUGUAGCGUGUUAUGGAACUUUACCCAGGGAUUCGCCUCGAAGGAGUAAAGAAGGUAGUGGUUGUACAUCGGAGAAUCCUCAUGCCUUAACAGUCAGCCCUUUUAAAGCAUUCUCUCCUCAGCCACCAAAGUUUUUCAAGCCCCUAAUGCCUGUAAAAGAGGAGCAUAAGAAACGGCUAGCUCUUGAAGCAAGACCUCUUCUAAGCCAGGAGAGCAUGUCUCCACCUCAGGCACAUAACCCUGGCUGCAUUGUACCCUCAGGAAGCAAUGGCAGCAGCAUGCCAGUAGAACACAAUAGCAAACGUGAGAAGAAGCUUAUUCUGAAGUUAAUCUACCUAGAGGAAUUGCAUUUACUUGGAGACUCCGAGGAGGAAGAAAAUGACCUGGAAGCUCUGAACAGGAAGCUGAUAGGUUCGCAGCCUUAUGUGCCGGUGGAGUUUGCUGACUUCAGUGUUUACAACGCCAGCCUGGAGAACAGAGAGUGGUUUUCUUCUAAAGUAGAUUUGACGAACUCAAGGGUCCUGGAGAAAGAAGUGUCCCGUAGCCCUACCACCAGCAGUAUUACCAGUGGCUACUUUUCCCACAGUGCCUCCAAUGCCACUCUGUCCGACAUGGUGGUCCCCUCUAGUGACAGCUCAGAUCAGCUAGCCAUUCAGACGAAAGAUGCAGACUCCGGUGAGCAUUCUGGACUAUCACUUGUGCAGGAUUACAGACCAUCGUCCAACAAAGAGUUGGCAGAGCUAGAAAGAGGCUUGGUAAAAGAUAAGGUAAUUGUGGUGCCACUCAAGGAAAACAGUGCCUUAGCUAAAGGGAGCCCAUCGUCCCAAAGCAUCCCUGAUAAAAACUCCAGAAUAUUCUGUAGGACUGGCUCAUGCUCAGAACAAGAUGCCUGCUCCAGCAAAGACAGCCGAGCUGCCCGGGAGUUCUGCCCCAGGGAGGUGACCGUAGAGCGCACCACAGACAUCCUCGAGGACCAUUCUUUCACAGAGUUUAUGGGAGCAUCAGAUGGGAAAGAUUUUGAUGCUUUGACAGAUUCUACUGCUGCCGAGAUUUCAAGUAGGAAGAACCUGCCGAAGAAAACGGACGAUAAAAGUGUCUCAGAUGAGCCACAGGACCCUGGCCAGCUGCACUCCUUGGCAGAGAAUGACCAGGGGAGCACGACCUCGGCUGCUCGGUGAGAGGCAGCAGGCACUUCCUCCGCAGGCCCCAGCAUCGUUGUCCUGGGUCUCCUUUCAAAAGCACCAGCCUCAUCUUUAAAACAUGCUGCGCCCAGUGGGACCUCAGACCAGCGUAGAGAAGCCAUGCCCCUGGGCCACCACCUCUCCCCUCCUGAGCAAGAAGAAGCAGUGGUGCUUUGCCACCUGGGUGAAUCGACAGCUUCUGCUUUUUCCAGAAAGCCAGAGACCCGAAAAUCCUGGAUUAAUUAAGUGGCAGUAUUUAUGUUUGCACUUACUACACGCUGCACUGUGUAGAAUCCUCCACAGAUUCGAACAAACUUCUUCUUGUACAAUUUUAAUCAGUUCUUACUGUAGAACCUGGAGUCAAUACACUAAUGUGGUUUUUUAUAAAUAAUAUAUAUUAUGUAUAUGAAAUGUGUAUCUAUAGUAUGUCUGUUCCAAGACAGACGGGACUGCACACUAAAAUGCAGAUAAAGUGGUUUGUAGAAAUCAUAAGGUACUGGACUUUGUUACAAAGCAACUUGGGCGAUCUCAUCUACACAAGCAGAUGAGAUGCUUUAUUGCUUAAGAACGAGGUUGCAAAUGCUUCUUUGCAGAAAAGGUUACAGAAUGCCGUUCUUUAUAACCAAAGAACUUCCUUACGACUGACCGCUGUGGCUGUCCACUCUCGUUUUCUGUGUACAUAUGUGUUUGACUGCAAGCUUGGUGCCAUCUCCCCGUGGCUACCAGGCCCCGCGCACCGUUCUGUCCUGUUUCGUAAGCACACUGAAAACUCGCAGCUCUGUUCUUUGGUCUUCCACCUGGCCCGCCACCUGCUGACUUGACAUCGCACUAGAACCGGUGACAGUGACUGGGGCUCUGCCUCCAGCAUGUCUCAUCCCCUGGUUCAGCCCAGCAAGGCAGGCAGAGUGCGGAAAGCAGUAUUACUGUAAAAAACACGAGAACAUACCAAGAGUUGGAUUGGGGUGUGGGGUGGGGUGUUGAUUUUUGUCUUUCUGUGGUUUUGUUUGGAUUGGUGGUUUUCGUUGUGGUAUGGUGUUUACUGUUGCUAUCGUACUUAAUUCUGGAAAAUGCUGACGAGACGGAAGGAGCUGUCCAGCUCUCAGUGCCCACUUCACCGUGUUUGCGGAUGACAGAAUACAGAUGACCCUGCUGUCCGUGUCUCCACGUGUAAAAUUCUGCCAGUGGACACGUGGGAAGGAUUGUGUGUGCAGAAGUUUUUACAAAGGCACUGUGUGUGCCUGUUCUGUAGAUGCCUGUACAGCUGGUCUGGAGGGACAGCGGUUCAUGUGUGAGGGAGAGGUGCACAGCCCGCGGCGCCUUGUCCCUUGAAGUUCUUAGCAUCAGUAAGUGAGUGAGAUAUUGGAGACUUUAAUGAAAAGCUGCUGUUCAUGAUUUUUGUGUAUAGUGAGCUGACUGUAGUAUUUUACUAUUGUCUGUUUUAAAAAAGAAAAACUGUAAUUUAUAUCCCCUUUCAACUUUAUUGUAUUUAAUUGGUACAGAUUG